AUGGAAUCUAAGUCAAUCACUGUAAGUGCAAAAUUACAACAGUCCAAUUAUUCUGCCAUUUCAAAUCUUCCCAAACAUGUUAUCAGCUAAAUUAAAAGAGAAGGUAAAUACAAGAAAUAAAUCAUAAUAAGGUGACUUAUAUAUUUAAGCUGCUGAUAAGUGUGAGAAAAUUUGGAAUGAGAUGAGGAAGAAUGAUUUUAUAACUGAUGCUUAAUUAAACUUUAUAACAGUGCAAAGGGUUUUUGAUGCUUGCAGAACAGAGAUUGUUCAAUUAUUGAAACUGUAAAAUGAUUAAGACUUCUUUGAACUGUUUGAUUAAGAUAAUGAUGGGUAUGUGUUUCACUAUAUUCUACUAGAAUUUUAAAUGAGGAUGAGUAAAUCUUGGUGUUUUCUGUCAUUAAAGAGAAAAUGCAUUAAGUGGCUACAGCCUUACUAAAAAUAUAGGAAUAUAUAUUAUUUAAAUAGCUUAUGAAAGAACUACGAAUCUUGGAGGCAAACAUAGCACACUAUUAGAAUUAGCUUAGAUAGCGAAUCUCAUUAAAAGAGAGAAAAGUUUACAAAGAAAUUGGGCAGGAGAAAUUGGAUGAUUUCUAUGAUUAAUAUUAUUAGGAGUUUUAAUAACUUAUUAAAUAUAAGAUAGAUAGAAGGUAAAUUUUCUAUCAUAAUUGAGAGCAUAAUUAAAAUAAACUCAAGAAAAUGAACUUGGCUUGUUGGAGGAUCGCUUAUCCAAAGAUACAGAACUUAUGAAAGUUAAGCCAAAGAAAAAGUUAAAGGAUUUACAAACCUAAGAAAAAUUAGUUAGUUUAGAAGAAAGAGUUGAAGAAGCCUUAGACUUUCGAAAAGAACUUAAAGACUUAGAGAAAAACGAGUAGGACAGAGUCUAUAAAGUCUAAAAAUAUCGAAUCGAAAAAUAACAUAGUGAUUUAUUAUUCAAAUAGUAGAAGGAAAGAGAGUAGUUAGAGGGUAAACUCUAAGAAACAGAAUACAAGUUAAUAAUUCAAAUGAAAAAGGCAUAUGAUGUAUUACUUAAACAAAUUAAUUUGCACAAUAAUGAAAUCACGAGAAUACAAAGCUUAUCGACUAAUUUAGCAUUGAAGAAGGGAUUGUAUGAGGGAGAAGCAAAAAGAUAGAAGGUCUAAGCUCAAUUAUAAAAUGCGAUUAUUGCAUAAACCAAAGCUAUUAGCAAUUAGGAUAAAAAAACGAAUGAAUUAGAAGAAUUUUAAGAGUCAGAAACUAUAAGAAAGUUGGAAACUAGGAAAAGCAUGCAAAUAUCUGGAUCUCCAGGCUAAGUAAAUAGAAUUCAUAUUAAAGCCUAUUGUAACGGAAGAAAGUGACAAAACACCUAUGGGUUAGACAUUUAAAUUUGGGAAGAACAAGAAUUUCUAUUCAAUUAGAAAAAUAAUAAAAGAAUCAAAGAAUAUUACUUAAUUUUAUAUUUAAAAAAAAUAUGGAGCAGUAAUUAUAUUUCUUUAUCUAGGACUUACCUGUUAAUUUUGUGAAGAGUGCUCAUAAUCUGCAAGGAGAUCAGCAUGAAAAGAUUGAAAGGUUUUUAUCAGUUAAGAAGAAAUCUCAUCAUGAUAUGUUGCCUCCAAUAACCUAAUUGUAUGACGAUGAUAUGCAAGAGAGAGUAAGAAUUAUAAAUUAAUAAACAAAGCCAAUUAAAGGAAUUACUAAGACUGAUGAAGAAAUUUAAAAGGAGAAAGCAUUAAAACGGGCCUUUAUAAAUGAGAAGCUAUUCAGGAAUGAUUGA